AUGGCACCCCGUUGUCCUCCCCGCGGCAUUUACGCGCCGGUCGUCGCCUUCUUCCAUGAAGACGAGACGCUCGACCUCGAAGCCCUCAAAACACACAUUGAACGCCUUGCAAAGUCGGGUGUGGCCGGGCUUGUUAUCCAGGGCUCCAACGGCGAGGCGCCGCAUCUGCUCCACUCGGAAAGGCAGCAGGUCAUCAGCACCGCGGCCACGGUGCUCAAGGAGCAGGGCCGGACGGACGCCGUCAUAAUCGCCGGCUGCGGAGCCCAGAGCACGCGGGAGACGAUCCAGCUGUGCAUCGAGGCCAGGGAGUCUGGGGCGGAUUAUGCGCUUGUGCUGUCGCCAAGUUACUGGACCGGUGCGAUGCAGAAGCCCGUCAUCCAGAAAUUCUUCGAUGAUGUAGCCACGGCCUCGCCUAUUCCGAUUUUGCUCUAUAAUUUCCCGGCCGUCACGUCCGGGAUUGAUCUCGACUCAGACCUCAUCGCGACACUGGCGGCGUCAAACGACAAGAUUGUCGGAUGCAAGUUGACUUGCGGAAACCUGGGCAAGCUUCACCGCGUCGCACACGACGAAAAGAUACCUCAACCGUUUGCUGCAUUUGCGGGCAAAUCAGACUUCUUCCUACAUGGCCUGGUGGCGGGCUCAAACGGAGUCAUUGCUGCUGCGGCCAACUUCACGCCCAAAGUGCACGUCAAACUGCUGGAGCUCUAUGACCAAGGAAAAUUGAAGGAGGCGCAGGAGCUGCAGACCCAACUCAGUAGAGCAGAUUGGGUUCUGGUGCAGUUGGGCGUUGCCGGGCUCAAGGCCGCUUUGGACAGAUAUUUCGGAUAUGGCGGUGGAAGAAGCAGACGGCCACUUGGUCUGGUUGCGAGCGCCAAGUUUGAAGGUGAUAAGGAUGCUGUGUUGAAGAGCUUGGUGAACUUGGAGAGUUCGUUGUAA